UAGUAUUUGUGUUCUGAAACAAUUGUUUUAAAAAGCCCAGUAGCUGCUGCUGCUGCUGCAGCAUUUCAUUUCUGGUGCUUUAGUUUUACAGAUUGAGGCUCCAGGAGAUAAAGAGAAGAAAGCCACCCUCAGAUGCCUCAUCCCGGUGAAUACAGGCACUUGUGGGGUUGGCAAAACAGGCAUUAAUUGGCAGAGACCUGACCAAUUUCUUACAUAUCAAAUCUGUUUUCUUUCUGAGGUACACCCUGCUGCUCCAGGGAAUGGCAUCUGGAAAUUCCUAGCACUGAAAAUCCCAGGGUACCAUUCAAAGAAGAGAGAGAGAGAGAGAGACUUGGGAUGAGUGGAAUUAAUCUGCAAGCUGCAAGUUGGCCAAGCAAGAUGUGCUUUUGGAUGAAGACACAGUAAAAUGAAUUUCACUUACCGCUAUGGAGUUCAUUGGCCUCUUCAUGCAUGGAACCACAGCCAUGGACUACAUCACAGUGAUCUGAAUAGUUCGGUGGAAAAGGGCUAUUCUUCAGAAGGGUGUUAUGAGCAACUUUUCGUCUCCCCAGAAGUCUUUGUGACCUUAGGCUUUGUCAGUUUGCUUGAGAAUGUGCUGGUGAUUGCAGCUAUAGCCAAGAAUAAGAAUCUGCACUCCCCAAUGUACUUUUUCAUUUGCAGCUUAGCGGUGGCCGAUUUGCUGGUGAGCAUCUCCAAUGGAUCAGAAACCAUCGUCAUCACCUGGCUAAACAAUACGGAGGUUGACGCGCACAGUUUUACCGUUAGCAUCGACAAUAUAAUUGACUCGGUGAUUUGCAGCUCUCUGUUGGCCUCCAUUUGCAGUCUGCUUUCUAUAGCUGUGGACAGGUAUUUCACAAUCUUCUAUGCUCUCCAGUAUCACAACAUCAUGACAGGGAGGCGUGUCGGUAUCAUCAUCACCUGUAUCUGGGCAGCUUGCACCAUGUCAGGUGUCCUAUUCAUUAUUUAUUCUGACAGCAGCAUUGUGAUCAUUUGCCUCAUCGCCAUGUUCUUCACCAUGUUAGUCCUCAUGGCCUCUCUCUACGUCCACAUGUUCAUGCUAGCCCGGCUGCACAUGAAAAAGAUUGCAAUUCUUCCAGGCACAGCCCCAAUUCGUCAAGGGGCCAAUAUGAAGGGAGCUAUAACAUUGACCAUCUUGAUUGGAGUCUUUGUAGUAUGCUGGGCCCCACUUUUCCUCCACUUGCUUUUCUACAUUUCAUGUCCUCAUAAUCCCUAUUGUAUCUGUUUUAUGUCCCAUUUUCACCUGUACCUCAUUCUAAUCAUGUGUAACUCCAUUAUCGAUCCGCUUAUCUAUGCCUUCCGAAGCCAAGAGCUGAGGAAAACCUUCAGAGAGAUUAUGUGCUGCUGUAGCCUGAGACAGUCAUGUGAUUUCUCAGGAAAAUAUUGAAUGCAUAUGAAGAAGCUAUUGCAGAAAGGCAUUUUCCUCAUAGAUUGAAGUCUCCUCUAGUGCUGCAGAGCAUCUGGCUUCAUUAGUCACAAGGAAUAUAUUUUGAAGAGUACCUGGUACAUGAAUGUUUGCUUCUGUUCUAAGCUUACAAACUACAUGUGUAAUCAUUUCAAGGUUGAAGUGAUGUUAGUGAUGGUUAGCAAUGACCCAGCAGGCUGUCAGAAUUGUGAGAGAACAAUGAAACUGUGUUGAGGAACAGGGAAAAAAAAGUAUUACACACAACUAAGUCCUUUGCUUUCCUUAGCUAUUUAUAUUUAAAACUUGGGAGCUUGCAUUAUCUUGGCCUUGUAUGUGUAUGGUUAAAUCAAAUUAGAGUUUAUUAGAGAGUUGUGCUUUAUGUCACAUUUUGCUCAAAUGAUUGUUAAAAAAUUGCAUCUUGCAUUUUGUUCUUCAGACAAUAGACACAGUGAAGAUAAAAUGUAACUCAGCUGGAAUCCAUUAUUGGGGUGGAUUGGUCUGGGAAAUUGGGAACAGUACUUUGAAAGUAUUCAUGUUUUUGAAUAUGACCAUAAGAAAUAUAUUUGUUAUGUAUUAUAUAUAUAUUUACUUUUUUACUCAAUUGAAACAAUUUUCUAUUAAGUAAUCUAUAUAACAUGCAGUUAAAAUUGUGAAAUUAAAUAUAUAAAAUGACUUGCACUGAAAAUGUACAAGAGAAAAGUCUGUUAGGGUAAGAAAAACCGAAAUGUGGGGCACACAGACAUAGCCUUCAUGAAAGAAACAUGAAAAAUAUAAGA